AAAGCUUUAUUUGUGUAUGCAGGAACAUGUCUUCUGUGAUGUAUGGGGCUUUUGUUAUCUUUUCAGUGAAAAUCACAUUAUCCAUGCAAAUCAUUGGGUUCUUCGUGAGGUUAUUGUCCUCAUCAUUAUGGGUUCAGAUGUACAGAUUGGGUGUUUCAUAUGUAGACAGUUCAGCUCCUCGAGAAACUGAUUUUGAUAUGAGAAAUAGUUUUCUAAGUGCUGCAACUCCUGCUAUAAAUAGACAUUCCUCUGACUGCGAUGACGUUUUAGGAGGCUCUAUAUAUGAUCCAGCAUAUUACUUUUCUCUCUUUGAAGAUGGUCCAGGCAAUGGUCAUUCAUGUGGGGGUUGCAAUCAUGGCAUUGGUCAAGGAGGGUCUACAUCUGCUGAUGACGGGGCUUUUCUACUGAAGCCAUCCGAAGGAAGAUAUUCUCAGGUUAUAAAGGAUGAGAAUGUAAUAAGCAAGUUUCAGAGUGUUUGAAUUGGAGCAUUUUGUUGGUGAAGUCUUUUUUUUCCUAGUUUUCAAACAUUAUUUCUAUACUCUCAAUUCAGCCAGUUAUGAAAGUGGGCUUUGUACAGUCAGUCACUCAGUUGUGGCAUUCUUUCCGGGAGAAAAGAAAAGAAAAGAUGCUGAUCCCAAAACCGUAA